AUGGGGGCCGCGGGCCGCGGCCGCGGCCCAGCCGCGCCGCUGUGGGUUGCCUGUUGCAUGGCCACCCCGUGCGCCGGCAUCGACAUGCGGUGGAUGCCGUGGCUCCCUGUGUCAAACGAGGAGCUGGCCGCGCUGUCGCUCUGCGUCUACGAGGAGCCGGCGCCCCUCUCGGCGUACGAGGAGGAGGAAGGCUCCCUGCGCGCCGCCUCCGUGUACGGGUACGCCUUGGGCUCCCAGGCGUCCUUCACAGCGGCGAACUUGGAGGUUCACCACGUGAAGAACUUCCUCCGCGUGGCGCGGGAGGAGAGCUCACCGCCAGGGACAUGCGCGUGGAUGUGUUCAGGAGAGCUUCCGGCACAAGGCCUACGUCCUGGCCGUCCGCGGCACCGUGCUGUCGGGCCAGAACUUCAGGGCCGACUUCGACGUGGCCCUCGGGAGCGCGACGCUGCACCUGGAGGAGCAGAUAGAGUUCCUCCACGGAGUCAUCAAGUCAGUCGUCAAUAA